GAGUGGAUGGAGAUGGCUCUCCACGUCAGCUUACGUCUCCAAAUUUCUGCUCAGCGAACCUGCUUCAAAGAGGCAGGAGGCACGGCGCUUCAGAGCCAUGUUCAGGGCGGUUAUAGAGGAAUCAAAGCCCAACAUAGAGUUAUAGCAGAGGCUGAACUACGAUGAUGGAUUUUGACGAAAGGGUCCCCGUCGGAUCGAACAUGUAUUUGCCCAGUUGCACUUAUUACGUCUCGGCGGGGGCUGAUUUCUCCGGUCUUCCCUCUUUUUUGUCCCAAACCCCGUCCACCCGCCCCAUGACAUACUCUUACUCCUCUAACCUGCCGCAGGUCCAACCCGUCAGAGAGGUGACGUUCAGGGACUAUGCAGCCAUUGACGCGUCCGGUAAAUGGCCACACCGGGGAAACUUACCCCAUGUUUACCCCAGCGCGGAGGACAUGGUGCACCGGGACUGUCUGUCGGCGCAAACCGCAGUGGUAGGAGACAUGUUUGGUAAAAACAGCCCCGCAGCAGCAGCCGCCGCGUACCAUCACCACCACCACCACCACCAUACGAGCGCUGGCUCAGCUGCGUCCAAUUUCUACGGGAACGUGGGCAGAAACGGCGUGUUGCCACAAGCCUUCGACCAGUUUUAUGAGACGGCGUACGGGAACGCGUCGGAGAGCUCCUCCACAAACGGCUUCUCGGGGGACAAAACCCCGACCAAGCAGCCCAGCUCUUCGGCGGAGGACGCAGCGUCAUGCAGGGACUCAGAGGCGAAGGAGCCGCGGGAGGAGACGAGCAGCCCGGAGUUAUCUUCCGGCAACAAUGAGGAGAAAUCCAGCAGCAGCAGUGGGCAGAGGACCCGCAAGAAGAGGUGCCCUUAUUCCAAAUACCAGAUCCGAGAACUUGAACGAGAAUUCUUCUUCAGUGUGUACAUUAACAAGGAGAAACGCAUGCAACUGUCUCGCAUGCUCAACCUCACCGACCGACAAGUGAAGAUCUGGUUUCAGAACCGUCGCAUGAAGGAGAAGAAACUGAACAGAGAUAGAUUACAAUAUUACACAUCUAACCCCCUGCUUUAGGGGUCAGAGCAACACCGCGCCCUGCUGUGGGGCUCUGUUGCGUUUACAGACAUACUGACUUACUCUCCGGCUGUGACUCUCCGGCUGUACAUUGUGUACCACAAUGGCCGCGACAGCAGCAACAACAACAACAACGACACUGCUCAGUGGUUAAUUUCAAGUUCGAGGACAACAGCAUCCUGUGAUCUGAAAAACCUGAAGAGUGAGCAUGAAUUAAGACAGUCUGUGGACUCGUCAGACUUUGUGUUUUGGAAAGAAUGUAGACAAGGAUUUGCUAUUGCCCAGAGUGCGAAGGCCCAUGUUAAUAUUAUUGUCACUCUCACAGACGCCUUGUUCUUUUCCUUUCACCCAGGCAGAAACUAGCAGUCACUUAAUUGACUGAGCCAGUGUAUUUUGUAAUCAAAAGAUUUAUUUCACGUAUUAUUUCUGUUUUGAAAUCAGAAAAAUUAUGCAUUUAGGAUGAUGGCGACUUGAUUAUUAUAUAUUGGUGUGACCAAAUAAUAAGUCCGAACGGAUGAGAAUGUAAAGUGUUUUCUGUUUUGUGUGCUUAUUUAUUUUGUAGCCACUUGUUUACUAUCUCCUUUAAAGCCUCGGCUAACCAAGUCAAAGUCCAUUAUUACAGGCAGGCUUGUUGGGAUUCCAUGUUCAGCCUGGGCUGACCUCAAAGCGAGCUUUGUUGUCUUUCCUGCAGCCUGCAGAAUGAGGGCUAUGUCUAUUUAUAUUUUGCGUAUCUUUCAAAACCUAAAUCCAUGCUGUCUUUUUGAUUCUUUGGAGACUAUCAGUCCAGUAUUGAUGAUAAUGCAGGCCACACCAGAGAGAUAAGCUCGUGUACUGGAGCCGUGUGGAGUUGCACUGAGGUACACACCCAACAGAUUCACACAGGUAGACACGCAGCGGGCCUCUUCGGUCUCACAUUGAUAAGCAUAAACAAAAUAUUUUUGUCAUGACUCGCGAUCCUUUGGUACUUGCUGUGUAAAGAUCGCAUUUCAAGUGUGCUGGUCAGGGUCAUCGCAUUGAAUCAAUUGCUUGAUAUGCCCAAACUAUUGUGUAUUAUACUAUAUUUCCAAAUAAAUAAAAAACAAAUGAA